AUGCAGGACUCGCACGCCGCGCGCAGGCCCGUCACCACCGCCCCGCACCCCGCCGCCUACCCCAGGCACGACUUGCUCGCCCACCCUUGGCCCGCCCGCCCCAAUAGCGUACCCCCGCAGCCUCUGCCGCAGACUCAGUUGUACUUGAGCGCCAAGCAGAGCCCCCCGCACGUCGUCUUUCAAAAGAUUACCCUCCUGCAGUCGCAGAAGCACGCCACCAAGCCCACGGAGAGGUAUCGCCCCGUGGCGGAGGAGUACUCGUUUUUGGAGUGCGUUGUCGAGCUACUUAAGGGCACCGUUGUGCAUCGCAAGAAGAACGUCCUGCAAGGCGUCGAGGCCCGUGUCUGGCUGCGCGCCGAUAUGGAGGCCCUGGAGUAUAAGCUGUUGAAGAAGGGCGUGGUCCCGCGUAACCACCAGAUCAAACUGUGCAACGUGCGCAAAGUUAAAGGGUCUGAGAAGGACCUCCAGCUGGAUAUCGUAGGCGAGAAGAGGCCGAUCGAUUUUGCCUUUCGCACGGCUAAGGAGCUGAACAUUUGGCUCAGCGCCUUGUGCUGUCUUGUGCCGAGGCAGGCCACUGUGAAGAAGAACCAUAGCCGCAUUGAGAACCGCUGGGAUUAUAACCCCUUGCAGGAUACCUGGAACGACAAGAGCGUGUGCCAGAGGAAGAUGGUGCGCGAACUCUUGAUUCUGGGCACCAUUGGCACGGGCGCCACAGCCAAGGUGAAGGCCGCCUUGUCGACCACGGAGCGCCGCUUUUAUGCUGUCAAAGUCAUCUCAAAGGCCACUAUCUGGAAGACGAGGCGCAUGGGCAGUCGGUUUGGGAGAGGCAUGCUUGGCCGCGCUGGCGAUUUGACCAUGGAUGACUUGGAGGAAGCGACCGUGCUCAAGGAUUUGCGACACGAUAAUAUCGUUCGGUUGUAUGCGGUUUUUGAGGACGAAGACCUCGAGAUGUUUUAUUAUGUCACAGAGUAUCUGCCGAGAGGACCCGUUAUGCGAUCCCACAGCGUGCAGACGGAGAAGCGUCUGAAUGAAGACACAGCCCGGUCUGCGUUUGUAGAUGUAGUGGCGGGGCUCGAGUACCUGCAUCGGAACAACGUUGUGCACCGAGAUAUCAAGCCGGAUAACUUACUGACCAGCGGAGACGGGACGGUGAAGAUAAGCGAUUUUGGGGCUGCCAUCAUGUACAUAGAUGAGGAGGAGGCAGAGCGGGAGGAGGAGGGGGAGGGCGGUCGGGAAGAGGAGCAUGCCAAAGGGAACGGCAGUGGGAGGGAACGGGAAGGGAACGGACGAGGCACAGGGAAGCGAGCGCGGAAGAGUCAGAAUCUGAACAUUGGCACGCCGGCGUUCACAGCGCCGGAAUUGUGUAUCAGUGAGCAUGCACCACAGUGUCCGGAGCGUUGCUUUGCGGCGGACAUAUGGUCGCUGGGGGCAACCCUGUUUUAUUUUAUAUACGGCCGGCCUCCACAUCUGGAGAAGAAUGUGCUCAACAUGUAUGAUGUUAUCUGUACAGACGAUGUGACGUUUCCGCCAGAGCCGGUGAUUGGGUCAAACUUGAAAAAAUUGUUGCAAAGGACGCUGGCUAGGAAGCCAGAGGAAAGAGCGACGAUUGCGCAGAUUGUCCAGUCUCCCUGGCUCACAAAAGACGUGCAUAUUUCGGAAAAGUUGAAGGAAAUUAAGAGAAGGGUGGAGCGCAUUCUGGUGUAGGUCGUUCAGCGCGCGGGCGGAUAAGGUGUAUAUGUUGUUGGACUUGCGUUUUUUUCUUUUUUCCCCCAUUGAUCUUUUGAGCUGUCGCACAGGCAAGUACUACGAGUAUUAUUGAGUCGCCUCGAUCCUGCUGGGCGAUAAUCAUACUCUCUACGAGUACUUUUUUUCUGUCCGACGGCUCAAAAGACAAAAGAGGAGAAAGGUUUGGCCGAGGCAUUCUUGGACGGGUUAGUAUGGCAUUUUGUUAAGAGGGGCACAUAGGGCGGUAGCGGUGAUUUCUUACAGAUAUAACGAGAGGAAACUAGUGACUGGUACAUAUUUGCCUUGAAGGGAUGGA